CCAUGCCGCCGCUGCGGCCUUGCUGUCGACCAAGCUGCGUCUCUUGGCUGGCGCGCCACGGACCGGCCUCGGACCGGCCAGCGGCUCACAGCUCUUAGGCUGCUCCCAGCCGCUUCAGGGGCGUGCCGCUCACUGUUCCUCUGCCGUGGGCCCACCUGAUCACCACAGGGGUGCCUUUAGAGACGCCGCUGGCGGCUGAUGCCCCUUUGGCGCUCUAUGGCCGACGCCUCAGGGGACAAGCAGCAGGCAGCAGCAGGCAGGCGGCGUGCGCGGUGCCUAGGAUGCCGCGCUGUGGCGGCGCGCUGACAGCUCGCCCCUGCUCCUGUGCUGCCGCUGCCGCUGGCGGACACGGCAACGCAGACGCAGCUGGCUCUUCUCUGACCCACAGCUCUGGUCCUCUUCUCGAGGAGGCCAAGGCGCAAGAGAUGAGAUGCUUGCGGCGUCCUUGUCCGCAGAAGCGGGGUGCAGAGGCACGCGCUCACCCAUCGCCGGCCUGAUCGCCCCGCGCCCGCGUGGGGCUGCCGCUGCAA